AUGUCAAAUUUUGAAAGUUCCGGAGUGACCGACGCCGACAAUUUGGACCUGGUGAACGAAUUUUUCGGAAAUUUCGAAAAAUUCGAAAUUCCAGAGCCAACACCAAAACCAUCUGAAAAUCCGUCCACACUCUGUGCAACAUGGGUUCGAGACCAGAGUUUCGAAAUUCAGCCAACCAAUCAUCCCGGCGAGGAACCAGUGGAAUUCGCUGAUUCUCCACUUCCAGAAAGCGUCACUAGUUGGCAUGGAUUUCAAGAAAAUCGCAGACGAAAACCUGAGAAGCUUCUGGAAAUUGAAAAAUCCGAAAAACGACGAAAAAGUGAAUCUUCACCCCCUCCAUUCUUCGAAAAACUCGCUGAAACUCAAAAAACCAUUAAGGAAAACCCUGAAAAUUGGCGAAAAAUCGAUGGAAUUUAUGUGGAAAAAUCGCAAUUUUCUGAAAAUACCAUUCCAGAUUCUUUCCAGAGCAGUGGUGGUCCCAAAACCAAAUUCCACGAGAUUUUGGCACUUUUCGACAGUCAAAAUACGGAAAUUUAUCAAACUUUUGAGUUUGAAAACUCAUUCAAAUUCGAUUGGGAGCUGUACGAAAAAGACGCGUUUCAAUAUGUGGUUUUCACGAAAAUCUGCCAGUCACAUCCGGAAAACGAAUUCGUCGAAAUGAGAAAAGAGGAUACGCGCUGCUCCGAUUGCGGAAGUUCCAAUCUCGCCUUCUCGAUCCGCCUAACCGUGCCCCUGGAUCUCUCCGACGUCCCGAUUCCAAUUUUCGACGACAUCCAAAUCCACGUGUCAUUUCUAGCCACCCAUCUACUCGAAAAAUCAGAAACUUCUGGAACAAUGGAGUUUCUAGAUCAAUCUGUCGAAUUUUCCAAGAAAAAGUGUCGAGAAAUGUGGAAUUUCGAGCAAAAGAUGCAAAAAGAACGGAAAACGGUUUGGGAGUACAAACAAUGGUUCGAUGGGUUAAAGGAAUUCGUUAAGAAAUCGCUCCACUCCAAACGCCUUCAUCUCCAUCACGGCCGUGUGAUCCGGCGAAAAAUUGAGCAAUUUCCGGUGGAAGCCAAAAAGCGCUGUUUGAUUUUCGCCCAGUUAUUUGAUCUAGAAGAUUCCUGA